CUGGUUGAAAGCGAUCAGUUGCAGACGGUCAGUCGAGCGAGACAGUUGUGUGCGCGGCGGUGUUGGUAAACCGAACUCGAAUCUCUGAAAAGCCAGCCAAGCUCAGGCCAGAAUCCACAAUCGACUCAAGUCGACUCGAAUCGAAUCGAAACGAAUCGAAUCGCCACAAAAACAGAUCUGACAGAAUGAAGUUCGUUAUUCUGUUGUGCGUGCUAAGCGCAUUGCUGCUGCAAAUUGAGGCAUCGCCACUUCAGCGACUUUCGAGGAGCGAGCGGGCUGUUUCUCGUCAGCAGGCGGUCAAUAAUGAGGUGGCUCCAGCGGUAGCUCCUGCCAGCGACGAUGAUGAUGAUGAUGAUGAUGAGGACGACGAUGAUGAGCCUGAUCUAGGGGAUCUGAUUGAUGACGAUGAUGAUGAUGAUGAGGAGGAGGACGAUGACGAUGACGAGGAGGAUGACACGCCCCAAGGUCAGGCUGCCCCAGCAGCCACUGCUAGCGACGAUGAUGAAGAAGAGGACGAUGAUGAUGAUGAUUAUCUAGACAGGCUGUUCGAUGAUAUCUUGGGAGAUGAUGAAGAUGAGGAUGACGAUGACGAGGUUGCGCCCGCUGCCAGCGCUCAGCAGAGUGCUGUUGCCGCCGCUCCCGCCCAAACUCUGGAUGAGGUUGCCUCCGCUGCCGCUUCCUCUGUGAGCGCCGGAAUCUCCGACGGUGUCGAUCUGCCUGCCGAGUCCGGAAACGCUGCGGAUGCCGUGGCCGCCGGAAAUGCCGCCGAUGAGUCUGUGUCCGCUAACGUUGCUCCGGUGCAGUCCGCUGCCGCCAGCAACAAUGAAGGUAUUGCCGGUGAUGACGACGAGGAGGCCGACGAUGAUGAUGACGAUGACGACGAUGACAUUAUCGGCGAUGACAUCAUCGAGGCCCGCCGCGAAGCACGUGAUCUGAAGAACAACGUCAUCGACAUGUCCACGGAUGCUUUCCAGGCCCGCCACAAUCACUUCAUCGACGCCAUCUUCUCGAGGAUCAACCGCAUCGUGUCGGAUAACUAUGAUCCCUACGUGGUCAACCUCACGGGUCGCUGGGCAUCCCCCAAUGCCGCCAGUGGGUCAACGGUCAAGGCCGCCAACAAGAAGCACUCCACCACCAGCAAGGUCGGAGGUCACAAAAAGCUAAAGAACACGCGUUCGGAGCCCCGUGCCGGUAAUUCGAACCAGAAUCAGGAGGCUCGGGAGGCUGCGGUGAAGCUGCAGGAGCAGUUGACGCAAUUACAGUCCGAGCUGGCCAUCAAAGCCGUUGAGAAGAGGCCCAGCGAACCGCAGUCCGACCGCGCCCCCUCUGCAGCCGCUUCCGAGUCACCGAAGGCGGAAACGCGCACUGUUUCGGGCACGAAAACCAGCCAAAAGAAGUCCUCGUCGAACGGCACUCAGGGCCACAAGCAGAAUGCGAAAAAGGCUUCUGGCCUGAAAUCAGGAAACUACAAUCAGCCUGCGGGGGCCAGCAAGGCAGGAGCAAGUGCUGCGGUGGAGAAGCUGCAGAAGGCCGAGGGCAGGCUCUCGGGAUUGGCAUCCCUGAAGCGGGUGGGAAAUGUCAAGGUGAUCAGCGAUGCCGAGGGACGCAACUCGACGAUCAAGGCCAAGUUCACCCUGGGUCCCUUGAUCCUGCGCGUGGAGAAGUCCUUCAAGAAGGGCAGCGUGAGGAGCGUGAAGAGUGCGACGGCCAGGACGAAUGAGAUGGUUGGACGCAUCAAGUUCAGCGUUCUGGACGAUCGGGCCACCCUAAUGUCCAUCAAGGUGCAGCAGCCAAAGCAGGUGGAGGUGGAGAGCAAGGACAAUCACGACCGCACCCGCGAAUUUGUGUGGCGACGCACGCCCAAAAUUGCCAAAUUGGUCAACGAGAAACUCAAAUUGGCAGCCGAAUCCUUGUUUGCCCCGCAGGGCGUCGAAGUCGUCAGGCUCUAAACGCAAAUGGGGUCCUCGAGGAUAACAGCCAUCUCUCACUGCUCUGCUCAGCUGUAGUCUACGCCUAAUUGUAAUGCCUAAUUUAUUUAUUUAUUUAACUUAUUUACCCAUCUAUUUAUCAACCCAUCUAUCGAUAAUAAAUCAACUCUGUCUAUGCA